AUGGUUGAAGCUCCUCUUCAUGUUUCAAAUGUUCAAGUUAUUGAUCUAGUCACAGGGAAGCCUUGUAAAGUUGGGAUUAAGUAUCUUGAAGAUGGAACAAAAGUAAGAGGAUCCAGAGGCCUGGGUGCAUCAGGAUCCAUUAUUCCUCUUCCUGAGAUAUUGAAAAUAAGGACUACGCCAAGGCCUAUAGUUGCUAGUCCAAAGGAUACUCCAAUGGAUGUUGUGAUGGAGAACACUUAUGAUGUAAAAAUAGGGCGAGGCAUGCCUGAACUUUGA